AUGUACGAAGACUUGAAGAACAAAGAAGGAAUAAAUCAGAAGCGGGACGACGACCCGAUAACGCACUUCGGCGAGCGGGCAGGUCUGGCGCCCGCGUGCCGAGACGGAGCGAGCGGUCUCCGUCUGCCCCCGGACCCAACGAGCGUGUCAAGGGGGUAUCCGUAUCGGGACACUAGGUGUACCGUGGAUGACCGGGUGACACGGGUGGCGUGGCUCAACCGCAGCACCAUCCUCUACGCCGGCAACGACAAGUGGUCCAUAGAUGACCGCGUGGUCAUCCUCUCCAACACCAAAACGCAGUACAGCAUCAAGAUCCACAACGUGGACGUGUACGACGAGGGGCCCUACACGUGCUCCGUGCAGACCGACAACCACCCCAAGACCUCGCGCGUCCACCUCAUCGUGCAAGUCCCUCCGCAGAUCGUCAACAUCUCCUCGGACGUGACGGUCAACGAAGGCAGCGGCGUGACGCUCAUGUGCCUGGCGUUCGGGCGGCCCGAGCCCACCGUGACCUGGCGGCACCUCUCCGGGAAAGCUCGCUGGGCGCUCUUCGCGGUCGGUGAUGGGAUCUCGCACAUUGGGAGGUGCCGCGAGGGCUUUUGGUGCUCAUGGGAUCCCAAUGUGUCCCCGGGCGCUCCGCACCCGCCGUUCAUCUCCAAUGCCAAGAACACGGGCGCCUCGGUGGGCCAGAAGGGCAUCCUGCAGUGCGAGGCCUCGGCCGUGCCCGUGGCGGAGUUCCAGUGGUUCAAGGAGGACACCAGAUUAGCGAACGGCCUGGACGGGGUGCGCAUCGAGAACAAGGGGCGCAUGUCGACGCUGACCUUCUUCAACGUGUCCGAGAAGGACUACGGCAACUACACGUGCGUGGCCACCAACCAGCUGGGGAACACCAACGCCAGCAUCAUCCUGUACGGUAGGUGCCCGGAGGGGUGUCGGGAGUCCGGGCUCCCUCAGGGCUGUGGGUCUGGGGCCUGUAGGGCGUCCAGGGUCGUGAUCCUCGUCCAGGGUGUGGAGGGUGCAGUUGGAGGCGAGAGGGCGAGGGCGUUGCGGGCAGUAGAUGGCCCGCGGAGGCGGCCCAGAGGCACGUGCCAGGGCAUCAUGCCGUGCGGUAGCGUCGCUCAAGGCGAGAGAGGGUCAGACCAGACGCGUUUGGGGACGGCAGGCCGGGUCUAG